CAUACAUAACUUCCGGUUAUCAGACCCGGUUGGAGAAAGCUCGCCGUUCGGCUAAGUUAGCGCCAGCAGGGCCACCGAGGCAGCGCGCCUCUAAUUUUAAUGUGACGGCGGGUACAAUUGGGUUAAAAAAAAAAAAAAAAGUAAUUUUAAUAUAUCACAUUGACGGGACUGUCCGUUGUGGAGUGUCAGCAGGGAAAGAAGACGGCGACGACAAAAAGCGAGGCCGCCCCGCGCCUGCUGCUGCUGUUGCUGCUGCCGCUGCCGCUGCCGCUGCUGCUGCUGCCGCUGCCACUAGAAGUACUCCAAGUACUACAGGGACACCGGCUGCCGAACUACUGCUGUCUUAACAAACUGACAUCCGAGCAUCUCCACACACACACACACACACACACACACACAAAAAAGCCUACUUAUUGCUCAUCUUGUCCUGGGGGAAGGGGGGCUCCAAACACAACAACACCUGGAGGAUCCAUGAUGUCCGCCGCCAGCAUUGACCCGCAGAUCUCGAAAGGACAAGAUGCCAGCAAAGCCUUUCCAGUUUCAGUGCAGAACGGCUCCCUGCACCAGAAGGACGCCGUCCACGACAAUGAUUUCGAGCCCUAUCUCACUGGCCAGUCCAACCAGAAUAACAGCUAUCAGUCCAUGACAGACCCUUACCUGUCCAGCUACUACGCCCCCUCCAUUGGAUUCCCCUACCCCCUCAGUGAGGCUCCCUGGUCCACAGGUGGUGACCCACCUAUUCCCUACCUGACGCCUUAUGCACCCCUCAGCAAUGGAGACCACCACUUCAUGCACGACACAGUAUUUGGUCAGCCGGGGGGGCUCAGCAGCAGCAUUUAUCCGCACAGGUUUAAUUUUUUCCCAGAGAACCCGGCGUUCUCCGCCUGGGGAACCAGCGGUUCUCAGGGCCAGCAGACCCAAAGCUCAGCCUACGGGGGAAGUUACAGCUACCCACCCAGCUCCUUAGGGGGCACCUUAGUCCCGGACGGCCAGACGGGUUUCCAUAGCGACACGCUCAGCAAGGCCCCAGGUAUGAAUAGCCUGGAGCAGGGCAUGCUGAGUCUUAAAAUCGGCGGGGACGUGACAGCCGGUGGCUCGGGCGUGAAGACCGCCGGCUCAGGGAUCGGGGGCGGCGGGGUUGCAGUUGCAGCGGGCAACGGGGGCACAGUAGGAAUGCCGCCCCCGAAACCGACGUCGUGGGCCGCCAUCGCGAGUAAACCCGCCAAGCUGCAGCAGCAAAAGAGCAAAAGCAAACUCGGCGCGCCCAUCGGGGGCGGAGCACUGACCCCCACUCCCAUCAAACACAACAUGGUGGACAUUGACAUGUGGGAUAAUAAAGUGGCUGCCACAAAGAUGGCCGCCCCUCUGCAGCAGCACCACCACCAACAGCACCAGCCGCAGCCGCUCCAUUCUCACCCCGGCAGCCUCUUGCCCCCCCUGCAGCAGUCGCUCCAGUCGGCCCAGUCUCUUGUCCAGCAGAUGACCAUGCCGGGUCCUCCACCUCCCCCUCUCCAGUCCUACCAGAACCACAACUCUGCUCCGGCUCCGCAGACCCGCUGGGUAGCCCCUCGCAAUCGUAACUUGUGCUACGGCGGCGGGAGCUUGGACAGUAGCGGCUCCUCCAACGGCGGCGGCGGGAUCGGCAACGGCUGCGGCGGCUGCGGGGGACCCGAGUCGGGCUCCGAGUCGCACCCGGUCCUGGAGAAGCUUCGCGCCGCCCACAGUUACAACCCCAAGGAGUUUGAGUGGAACCUGAAGAAUGGCCGCGUGUUCAUCAUCAAGAGCUACUCGGAAGACGACAUCCACCGCUCCAUUAAGUACUCCAUCUGGUGCAGCACGGAGCACGGCAACAAACGCUUGGACUCGGCCUUCAGGACCAUGAACUCCAAAGGUCCUGUGUACUUGUUGUUCAGCGUCAACGGCAGCGGCCACUUCUGCGGCGUGGCAGAAAUGCGCUCGCCCGUGGACUACGGCACCAGCGCUGGUGUUUGGGCGCAGGACAAGUGGAAGGGCAAGUUUGACGUGAACUGGUUGUUUGUUAAGGACGUGCCUAAUAGCCAGCUGCGCCACAUCCGCCUGGAGAACAAUGACAACAAGCCGGUGACCAAUUCGCGCGACACUCAAGAGGUCCCUUUGGAGAAGGCCAAGCAGGUGCUCAAGAUCAUCGCCACCUACAAACACACCACCUCCAUCUUUGAUGACUUCUCCCACUAUGAGAAGAAGCAGGAGGAGGAGGAGGUGGUGAAAAAGGAUCGUCAGAAGUAAACGGCGCCUGGUGGAAAGCGCCAUAACAAAUGGGAUGGACACUCAAAUGAAAUUCACAUUUAACACAAAAAGAAAAACAAAACAAGACGACACAUGGACAUGAAGAGUAUUGAAGACUUCAUAUUUUUUUCUAUUUAAUUUUGGACCACUCUGCCCCCACCAUGUUAAAACGUUAAGCACCAUAUUUAGGAAGUGUGAAGCGUUGAAGUUUUUUUCAGUGUUACAUACUUUCUGUAUUUAUUAAUUUUUUUUUUUCCGGCUUAUCGCUGCCCCGGAACCGGCAUCUUUUGCAGAAUAAGUAACAAGUGUGCACGUCUGGUUUUAAGAUCUCAUGACAACACGCUGCUGAUAUUGAGUGACUGUUCACUAUGUGGUUUGUGUGUUGGACAAAUGUUAAGUGCUUGUGUCGGUUAAUCUCGCGAGUGAACAACACUAUUGACAAAUGUCUGCUAUUUGUGCGUGUGUGUGUGUGUGUGUGUGUGUGUGCGGUCACUUGUGUUAAGUAUUAUGACAAAAUAUUUUUCUCACAUUUGUUUUAAGAAUUUGCGCAGCGCAAGUCUGCAAAGUUACGGAAUAGUUUGGAAAGAUGCCGCUAAUAUGAAAUGGAGCAUCGAGGUGGAGAACCUUUCUAAAUCUCCACCACAGAGCCUUAAAACGUUUAUUUUCAGCAGAGCAGAUUUGGGUUCAGCAUUUCAGGGAAUUUGCGUAUCUCAAGGUGGUCCCUCUCUUUCUUAUUCAAAGGUGAACGUAACCGAUCUCCCGUUUGGCUUCAUUUGCUUCUAGUCUCUCUCGGUAGCUUUCUUUUUUGCGUCUGUGUCAAUUUCUGGAGAUGUAGCAUGUAAUGCUUUUAAAACUGUCACUUGAUUUUGUUUAUUGUUCUUUACUAGUUUUUAAUAUUGGCAGUUCCAUUGCUGUAACCCUCCCCCCCCCCCCCCCCCCCCCAUCGCCAUCAAAUAAUAUAAGCUUUAAUGUACUGGCAUUUCUAACUGCAAACGCCUCAAAUGUUUAACUGUAGCACUAUACUUAACUGAUUUAUCGUAUGUGUAUGGAAACCCAGAGACUAGCCUAUAUGGUAUAUGUUUGUGAUGUUUUUAUUUUUUUCUUUCUUUUUUUUAUAACUUGCUGUAUUGUGUCUGUGUGUGUGUGUGUGUGUGUGUGUGUCGAAGUAAAGAGAGGGAGUAUGACUGCAGUGCAACCAGAGCUAUAUAACAGUAUUGGAUUAUUGAAAAUGUAUGCAAAAAAAAAAAAAAAAGGUUUGUCACCCCUGAAUUAAAUGUCAUUGUAUCAGAGGUCACUAUCACAUUCUUAUAUUUGAUCAUAUUCAUUAUUAAAGAUAUACUUAUCUGG